AUGCUCCAUGGGAAGCCCUCCAUGCCAGAUCGCAGGCAGCGGACCUUCCUCCGCAAGUUGCGCGCGACGGAGCUGUUGCACAUCUUCCUUCCGCUGAUGCGGUUGCGAGCCAGUCGGAGCGGCUUCUGGGAUGAGGCCACGCGGGUGUUGGGCAUCUUGGAAGCGUCUGUGCAAAAGGAGGGUCCGCCGAACCGAGCCAAGCUUUCCUGCGACGAUGCAGAAUAUCUGAGGGAGAUCCUGACGCGCAUGUCCUUUGGCAGCUUGAUGACGAUGCUCCUCCACAACCUGGGGCCAAGUACGCUGGUGACCAAUGCUCGCCACGAAUUGGAAACACUUCGGCAAAUGCUGCCAUCCCACGCUUAG